AAAAGUCAUCGUAUUUGGAGUGAUUAAUCAAGAAGAUCCAGAGAACCAGCAAUCGUGAUUCGUGAAUAAAACACAAGAAGAUGAAGCAAAAGUUCGUGAUCAAAUUUCAUCAUAUGAUUGACGACAAAACCCGAUCAAAAGCACUGAAAACUGCGGUUCUGUGUAGAGGCGUGUCAGCUGUGGAAAUCACGGGAGUUUACAGGGACCGGAUUGUUGUGACUGGUGAUGAAAUCGAUAUAGUCGGUUUGAUUAGGACUCUGAAGAAAAAAGUAGCUUUUGCGGAGCUGGUAAGCGUCAACAAAUUCGAACCACCCAAGGAUGAUGGUAACCAAAACCAAAAGCUCAAAGAUGAUGGUAACAAAGAGCCCAAAGAUGAUGGUAGUAACAAAGAGGAGCCGGAUAAAAAUACCUACUUUUUUAAAUCAUAUAUGGAAAGCUUGGGAUUUGAAAGAGGUAUUCUCGGUGGGAUUGUUCAAGCUAAACUAAAAUCCCGAAGAGAUGACGAUUUACCCGGUGAAGCAAAGCCUGACGAAACCUUUAUCAAUUUUGUUGAGAACAAGAGGGUUCUUGACGUUGUCCCAGUUACUGAAGAAAAAAAUCUAGAUCUGAGCCACGAUUUUGUACGCCACCUCGUCAAAGCCUUGGAAAACAAUGGAGUCAACGUCCGGCGUGGAGAUCUUCAUUUCGAGAUCAAGGAGUCGACGACGACGGCGCUUAUAAUCUUCUCGAGCAGGUACGCAGAGUCAAGUUGGUGCUUAAAUGAGCUGGUGAAGAUCAAAGAGCUCAGGGAAGAAGGGAAACUCUCAGUCAUUCCAAUUUUCUACGAACUGGAGCAAUCGGAGGUUACACAACUUAAGGGAGACUUCGGUGUUAGAUUUUGGAAUUCGUGGAGGAUUAAUCGGGAUCACCAUAUCGUUGAAUGGAAGGAAGCUUUGGAGUCUGUUGCGAACAUUAAGGGCUUCUACUGGAAGGAGGAAGACUGUUCUGAGUUCAUCACUCUCACUAUCAAGGAAGUCAUGGAGAAAGGAGAAAUUGCAUCUCUCUUUCUUUCUACAGGUGAAGGAAAAAGUAGUGAUUUCCAGACAGGAAGAGGAGAAAAGCAUAAAACUUAUCUUAACAAAUGUCACCUAUUUGGAAUUGAGCAACGCCUGGAGCAAUUGGAGAGGAAGUUAGAGUUUGAUUGCAAUGAAACUCGAAUUAUUGGAGUUGUUGGGAUGCCUGGUAUUGGUAAAACCACUCUUGCAAUGAUGCUGCACGAAAAGUGGAACUGCAAGUUUCUUCGCUGCGUGCCUCUUUUGGGUAUCCGUAAGAAGUCUGAGGAACAUGGGCCGCUGUGGCUACGAAAGACUCUCUUGGAAGUCUUACUCGAGGGAAAGUUUCCAGAGAUAAGUGACAAGACGACACAUGAAUCCGUGAAGGAUAAACUUCUUCAGACUAAAGUUUUUGUUGUUCUCGAUGAUGUGAGUAACAAGAAACAACUAGAGUUUCUCCUCAGUGAACUUGACUGGAUUAAGAAGGGAAGUAAGAUCAUUAUUACAACGUCUGACCAGUCAUUGCUUAAGGGUUUUGCUGAUGAUACUUUUGUUGUCCCGCUUUUAAAUGACAAAGAGGCUUUUCAACUCUUUACUUAUCAUGCCUUUGAUGAUCAAAUCUGUAGUGCCACACAGAAUUUCCUGAGCCUCUCAAGAAAUUUUGUGGAGUACGCCCGAGGGCACCCACAAGCUCUCAUAUUACUUGGUAUUGAACUUUGUGGGAAAGAUGAGGCUCACUGGGAACAUACCCUGGGAAUAAUAACAAAUCGUUACAAUUCAUGGCUCCAAGAUAUCUUUGGAUUCGAUCAACUUAAUGAGCAGCAGAAAUAUGUUGUUCUUGACAUUGUGUAUUUUUUCAAAUCAGAAGAUGAGUAUUUUGUUAGGAGUUUACUGGAUUCAGGAGAUCCUGAUAAUACUGAUUCUGUGAGUGAAUUAAGAGAUCUUGCUGACAAGUUCCUGAUUACAAUCUCUGACGGGAGAGUAGAGAUGAAUGAUAUACUGUAUAGUUUCAUCAAGAGUCUUCGUUUCCCUUUGCAGUAUAGGCUGUGGAACUACGAAGAUAUCAUCAACAAACGAAAGAAGAUAAGACUAUGGGAUGCUCAUAAUGUAAGAGGCAUAUUCUUAGACAUGUCCAAAUUAACAAAGAGCAUCUCCUUCGACUGUUCAACCUUCAUUGAUAUGUGCAAUCUUCGGUACAUGAAAAUAUAUGAUUCUUGUUGUCCUCGGCAAUGUAUGUCUGACUGCAAAUUACAGUUCCCUGAGGGGCUUGAAUUCUCCUUGAAAGAGGUCCGAUAUUUUCAUUGGGUGAAAUUUCCGUUAAAAGAACUUCCAACAGAUUUUCGACCGGAAAAUCUUGUUGACCUUAGGCUACCACACAGCAACAUCGAACGUGUUUGGGAAGGUGUUAAGGAUACACCACGGUUGAAGUGGGUAGAUCUAAGCCACUCCAGUAAUUUGCUCGACUUGUCAGCAUUGUCAAGAGCUGAAAAUCUUCAAAGAUUAAAUUUGGAAGGCUGCACGAUUUUGGAUAAAUUGCCGAUGGAAAUCCAAUAUAUGAAGUCUCUUGUUUUCCUGAACCUGAGAGGAUGCACACAUCUUUCAUAUCUUCCGGAGAUGAAUUUAAUAUCUCUUAAAACUCUGAUCCUCAGUGAGUGCUUAAACCUUGAGAAAUUUCAGUUUGUCUCAGAAAGUCUAGAAGUUUUACAUCUAGAUGGCACUGCAAUCAAGAGACUUCCUCUAGCCAUCAAGAAGCUCCAGAGACUUGUCUUAUUGAAUUUGAAGAACUGUGAAAUGUUGGAGUGUCUUCCCAAAUGUCUUGGAGAGCUGAAAGCUCUUGAAGAGCUAAUACUUUCUGGUUGUUCAAAGCUUAAGAAUAUUUCAGAUAUAACGGAAAACAUGAAACAUCUCCAGAGUUUACUUAUCGACAGGAUAGGAGCAAAAGAGAUGCCAAACAUAUCGUGUUCCAAUAUUUCAGAAGACCAAGCUUCUGCAGAUAUGAUCGUACAACCUUUUGACCCAAGGGUUUGGCCACGUGGUGGUAAUGGAGUAUGCUCUCUACGACGUCUUUGUUUAAGCGGAAAUGAUUUUGUCAGCCUGCAAACUGAUAUUGGGAAACUUUACAAUCUAAAUUGGCUAGAUGUGAGGCAAUGCAAGUUUCUGACCUCUAUACCAAUGCUUCCACCAAGACUUCAGUACUUUGAUGCUCAUGGUUGUGAUUCACUGGAAAGAGUUGCAAAUCCGUUGGCUCUUCCAGUGCUGUCGGAGCAGAUCCAUGCCACAUUCAAUUUUUCCAACUGUAACAAGUUGGAUAAAGAUGCGAAGGAUAGUAUCAUAUCUUAUACUCGAUGGAAAAGUGAGUUAGUGUUAGAUGCUCUCUCUCGAUACAAUGGGGGUUCCGGUUUAGAAGACUUCACUGGAUCUUGCUUUCCUGGAUGGGAAGUACCAGCAUGGUUUAGUUACCAAGCCUCUGGGUCGGUGUUAAAGCAAAAACUUCCUCAACACUGGUGUGACAACCAGUUUAUUGGGAUAGCUCUAUGCGCUGUUAUCCUAUUUCCUGGAUACUACAAGCAGAAGAACCGUCUCUUUGUAAAAUGUAAUUGUGUGUUCAAUUACAAAGACAAGUCUGAUAUCCGUUUUAUCUACACUAUUGGCAGUUGGAGGGAACCAAGUAACACACCAAGGAAGAUUGAGCCGUCUCAUGUAUUUGUUGGCUAUACCAGUACGUUGGAUAUGAAGAAAUAUGUUGAGGAAGAAGAAGAGGGAUGUAGUCAAACUGAGGCUUCUUUUGAAUUUCAAGUGACAGAUGGUACAGAUGUCCUAGAAGAUUGCAAGGUGCUGAAGUGUGGAUUUAGUUUGGUUUAUGCAACCAAUGAAAGAGAGAAUAUAAGGUGGAAUGCAGAGACUGUUGUAAUUCCAAAAAGGAUUGAGAAUAUCAUUGGUAAAGCAAUAUCUUAUGGAAACUCUGGAAGUCAUGAUGAUAUCCAAUAUGAAUCUUACUUUGGUACAUGUCUCGGAAGUGAUGAAAAAUUCUUCUGUGAAGCAAAAUCUGAUGCCAACCCAAAUUUAGAGAAGAGUUUUGAAAACAAGCAAGUUGACCUUUCAAAAGAAGAAGACGCAGGAAGAGAAAUUAAUGUAAGCUCUUAUCAUGACGACACAUCUUCAAGAACUUUAGAGAAGCUUAAAAUGCAUUCUUUAGUUGGGGUUGAAGUACGACUCAAGCAAUUGGAAAAGGUGUUGUUCUCAACACCAGGAAAAACUCGUAUUGUUGGAGUUGUUGGAAUGCCCGGCUUUGGUAAAACAACUCUCGCCACAGUUUUGUUUGAAAAGCGUGGGUGUAAGUUUCCAAGUCACUUGUUUUUAACAAUGUCAAAAAAAUACAGCCUGGAUCAGUUGAGGAAGGUGUUCCUGAAAGAGUUACUCAAACACGUACAUCAAGACAUAGAUGAGGAAACAACUCAUGAAUCCAUCAAGGAUAAACUGCGUCAGACUAAAAGUUUUGUUGUACUUGAUGAUGUGAGUGACAAGGAGCAAUUAGAGUUUCUGCUUGGCAACCUUGACUGGAUUAAGAAGGGAAGCAAGAUUGUUAUUACAACGCGUGACAAGUCAUUGUUAAAGGGAUUGGCUCAUAAUGCUUUUGUGGUCCAACAAUUAGACAACAGAGAAGCCUUUCAACUCUUUACUUAUCAUGCCUUCUAUAAUCAAAUGUAUCCUUCAGAAACCUUCCUGUCGUUGUCCAGAAUAUUCGUGGAUAAUGUACCAGGUAACCCACUGGUUCUCACGCAACUGGGAAACGACCUUUGUGGAAAAGAUGAGGCCUACUGGCAACAUGAACUGCGACGAGUGAGACAAAAUUUUAGUAUGGAAAUGAGAGAUGUCUGGACAUUCUCUAUUGACCAGCUUAAUGAGAAACAGAGAGAUGUGUUUUUAGACAUAGUGCAUUUUUUUAAAUCAGAGGAUGAGGAUUUUGUUAAAAGUAUUCUGGAUUCAGAAAACCCCGAAGCUGUGAGUGAAGUAAGAGAUCUUGCUGACAAGUUCCUCAUAACAAUUUCUGCUGGGCGAGUAGAGAUGCAUGAUCAACUGUAUGCAUUGGGUAAGGAACUUGGUUCUCCUGGGCAGCAUAGGUUGUGCAAUGACAAAGAUAUCAUCAACAAGGUGACAAAAAUGAAACCACCGGAGGCUAAUAAUGUGAGAGGUAUUUUCUUAGACAUGUCUGAAAUAAGGGAGAGUAUUGCCUUGGAAUGUAUGACUUUCACCGAUAUGCAAAACCUUCUAUACCUCAAGAUAUAUGAUUCUUAUUGCCCUCGGAAAUGUAAAGCUGACUGCAACUUAUAUUUCCCGGAUGGGCUUGAGUUCCCCUUGAAAGAGGUUCGAUAUCUCCAUUGGGUGAAAUUCCCAUUGCUGGAACUUCCACCCGACUUCAGACCCGAGAAUCUUGUAGACCUGAGGCUGCCUUACAGCAAGAUUGAACGUGUUUGGGAAGGUCUCAAGGAUACACCACGGUUGAAGUGGGUUGAUUUAAGGCACUCAAGUAAGUUGUUCGAAUUGUCAGCAUUGUCGAAGGCUGAAAAUCUUCGAAGAUUGAAUCUGGAAGGCUGCACGAGUUUGGAUGAGCUGCCAUUGGAAAUACAAAAUAUGAAGUCUCUUGUUUUCUUGAACCUGAGAGGAUGCAUACGUCUUUGCCAUCUUCCAAAGAUGAACUUAAUCUCUCUAAAAACCCUCAUCCUCAGUGACUGCUCAAACCUAAAGGAAUUUCAGUUAAUUUCCGAAAGUGUAGAAUUUCUACAUUUGGAUGGCACAGCAAUUGAAGGACUUCCUCCAGCUAUACAGAACCUCCGGAGACUUGUCAUGUUGAAUUUGAAAAACUGCACGAUGCUGGAGUGUCUUCCCAACUGUUUGGGCAAGCUGAAAUUUCUUGACGAGCUAGUACUCUCUGGUUGUUCAAGGCUCAAGAGUCUUCCAGAUGUCAGGCAUAGCUUAAAACAUCUUCAGAUUUUACUUCUUGAUGGGACAAGAGCAAAUGAGAUGCCAAGUGUAUCAUGCUUUACUGGAUUCGAAGGCCCAGCUUCUGCUGAUAUUUCCUUACAACCUUUUGGGUUAUAUUCAACCAUGAGAGAGUAUGCAUGUGGUGUAAAUGGAUUAUCCGCACUACGACAUUUAUGUUUGAGUGGAAAUGAUUUUGUUACCCUGCAACCUGACAUUGGGAAACUGUAUAAUCUGAACUGGCUUGACGUGAAGCAGUGCAAGAAGCUGACAUUUGUUCCAACUCUUCCACCCAGACUUCAAUACUUUAAUGCACAUGGCUGUGAUUUGCUGGAAAGAGUUGCAAAUCCUCUAGCCCUUCCGGUACUGUCUGGGGAGAACCAUGCAACAUUCAAUUUUUCCAACUGCUAUACAUUGGAUCAAGACGCAAAGGAUAGUAUCAUAUCCUAUACUCGGUGGAGAAGCCAGUUAAUGGUAGAUAAACUCACUCGUUACGAUGAGGAUUCUGUCUUGGAAGCCUUUACUGGAACCUGCUUUCCUGGAUGGGAAGUGCCGGCAUGGUUCAGUCACCGAGCUUUUGGACUGCUGUUAAAGCCAAAGCUGCCUCUACACUGGAGUGAUAACAGGUUUACUGGGAUAGCUCUGUGCGCUGUUAUCUCAUUUCAAGGCUACCAUGAGCAGAGGAACCGUCUCUUAGUGAAAUGUAAAAGUGUGUUUAAUAAAGAAGAUGGGUCUCGUGUCCGCUUUAGUUGCACUAUUGGCAGUUGGAGUGAAUCAAAUAACACACCAGGGAAGAUUGAAACGUGUCAUGUCUUUAUUGGCUAUAUUAGUAUGUUGGAUAUCAAGAAACUGGGAGAGGAAGAUAAAGAAAGAUGUAGUCACAGUGAGGCUUUGUUUGAAUUUCAAGUGACAGAUGGUACAGAAGUGUUAGAAGGUUGCGAGGUGCUGAAGUGUGGCUUUAGUUUGGUCUAUGCAACCGAUGACGGGCGGGUUAAAUCUGGCGUACGUGGAGUUCCUCUUGAAGCAAAUCACUACAGAGCUUAUUCAAAAAAAGUGGCUAUCUCGGAAGUAAGAAGGGAAACUGGAGCAGCUGGAAGAUCACCUGACGGUGGGGACAAGGCUACAAGUCCUCAGCCACCUAUUGCUAAGUCUCGUUUUUCCUGGGCAGAAUAUAGAUCCGGAUCAAAGAAUUCAGAAAGAGAGAGACACAUUAAAGAGUUAGAGGUCGACGCCCAGUUGUCUGGGGAGCCUCAUCAUCACAGCGGCAACAUUAUACCCAUGGUUGCAUCGUCUUCUGAAGCUGGAAUCCAACAAAGCCACUCUCAGAUUUUCAUCAGUUAUCAUGGAGCUGAGCUGCAGAGGACCUUUUUCAGACAUCUUGUGAGUACUUUGACAGAUGCAGGGGUCACCGUUUUCACAGACAACGACAAGGGAAAUGGGAUAAAACAACUGAUACAGCUCUACCAGAGAAUAGAGGAGUCGAAGAUUGCACUCGUCAUCUUCUCCAAGAGCUAUGUGGAGUCAAAUGUUUGCUUGAACGAGCUUGUGAUGAUGGACGAGCUCGUGAAGGAAGGCAAACUCUUGGUGAUCCCCGUUUUCUACAAUGUGAGAUCAAGUGACGUGAGAAACAUCAAGGGAGAAUUUGGCCAACAUUUCAAGGAAAUGAGAGAGAGAUACAAGGAUGGACUUGAGAGAGUCCCGAAGUGGGAAACUUCCGUGAAGUCAAUCGCAAAGACAAUCGGCAUACACUCGGAAGUUCACUGCGAGGAUGCGUCUCUGGUUGAAGCAACUGUUGAAGCAGUUCAGAGAGCGCUAACCAAAAUUUCUGAAGGAAAUCCUAAGUACCUGGGAAGUGUUAAUACGCCAACUGACCAUGUUUUCGCCCUUUUUGUGACUUUUCUCUUCUGUCUCUUCAUGUCUCCUCUACUUUUCUAUCAAUCAUAUUCUUUUCCGAGUGGUAUAUGGUUAAUGAAUUUUCUGGUUACGGUGGUUGCUGUUGGGGUCUUUUACCAGAAACUUUGCAGAUGGAGAGGCCAGAAGACAGAAUCGCCUGCAACCAUAUCACCAUCACCUUUAGCAAAGUCAGGUAACAGCAUAUUUAGGAAAUGGUUUAGCUCUGUCGUUUGCGGUGCGUGGCUCAUAUGUGCUGUGUUUUUUUAUCUUACUACAUUGGGAAUAAUCACAACUUGUAUUACUUCUGGUUGUCCUGGCGAUUCUGCUAAAGACACUUUCUUGGACAUGAAUGUCUUUGAUUUUGAUGUUUUAUGAACAUGUAUAUAUUUAUUCCUCAAUUCAUUUGUUGUGUUGCCUA